AUGGUCUUUGAAAAUAGUUACCACGAGAGUUUCAAGUGUUUUAGUGUGCCAGUCUUUGGUUAUGUCAUCUUUUUCACUGGGAUGUGCAAUAAUUAUAGUGAUCGUAGUCUCCCAGCCUCUCCCAGCUUUGUCCAGCCUCUCCCAGCCUCCCCCAGUCUUGCCCAGCCUCUCCCAACCUCCCUCAGUCUUGCCCAGCCUUUCCCAGCCUCUUUCAGCCUCCCCAGCCUCUCUCAGCCUCUCCCAGCCUCCCCCAGUCUUGCCCAGCCUCUCCCAGCCUGGCCGUGUAUCUCCCAGCCUCCCCCAGCCUCCCCCAGCCUCUCCCAGCCUCACCCAGCCUCUCCAAGCCUCUCCCAGCUUCUCCCAGCCUCCUCCAGCCUCGUCCAGUCUCACCUAGCCUUUCCCAACCUCGCCCAGCCUGCCCCAGCCUCUCCCAGCCUCCCCAAGUCUCGCCCAGCCUUCCUUGCCUCUGCUUGUUACUACCCUCCCGGAAUUUACAUGAAGGGACGGCAGAUCUUUGAGUGUGACUUGUCCAGCGGCUGCUGCAUCUUCCCAUCCUUCCUCCAGGCACGUUUCUCCCUCACUGCAACCCUCCCCCUCUGCCCCCAAGCACAAGUUACUCUCCUACAGGCGCAGUUAAGCCCCAAACACACCCUCACACAACCUGCGACAGACAUCCAUGCAAAUAGCGAGCCGGAGAUCCUCUGGUGCAACGGUUGUCAAAGGCCUCACUAUUAUGUCCUCGUGGCGGCCUCUCGAAGACCACCUCCCUCGCUGGUCGAUACUCGCGUCUUGGUCAGCUGA